AUGGCGUUUUUGACCACGGAGGAUCUCAAAAUGUGCUUCUCGCUCUUCUGCUGCGUCUACGGCAUCGGCACACUCGGCAUGCCCGCCAACUACGCCCGCGCUGGCUACUACUGGGCGACCGGUGCGCUUGUUCUCAUGGCUGCCAUCAACGUCUAUGCGUCGUGGUGCAUGGCCAAAGUCAUGAUGGUCGCACCGCGGAACGUCAAGACCUUUGGUGACCUCGGCGAGUGGUCCAUGGGCUGCUUCGGCCGGUACGCGGCCAACAUCUCACAGCUCCUCGUGUGCGUCAUGGUGCCGAUUAUGUUUCUCGUCCUCGGCGGCUCGAUCCUCACGACGCUUUUCCCGUACUCGUUCAAGGACUCGACUUGGAUCAUCGUCAUGGGUGUCACGCUCCUCCCCGUGUGCCUCAUCCCGACGCUCAAAGAAGGUGCCGGUGCUGCGUUUGCCGGUGCGCUUGGCACGAUCCUCGCUGAUGCGAUCGCCGUCGGCGUCCUCGUCACCAACAUCAGCGAGGCGAACGCCGGCCUCUCGGCUCCGACGCCGGACCUCUCGUUCAAGCAAGUGUCGACGGUGUUCGGCAACCUCGCGCUAGCCUACGGCGCUGGCAUUGUCAUCCCGACGUUGACGCGCGAGCACUCGGAGCCAUCGCGCAUGCCCCGGGUCAUCGUCGUCACGCUGGUCAUUGUCUCGAUCUUCUUUAUGAUUGUCGCCGUCACUGGCGUGUACGAAGUCGGGUGCCAAAUCCCCGGCAACCUCCUCUUUGCUAUCGCCGGUUCCAAGCUCGGGUUUGCCGCUGACCGGGGUGCCGUCGCCCUCGCCUUCCUCUUCAUGCAGCUGCACAUUUCGGUGGCGUUUGCCGUCGUUAUGUUCCCGGCCUUUUACAUUGCGGAGCGCAUCUUCCUUCGCAUGCACAAGACGACAAUUGACCGCAACGAGCGCAUCGACCCCAACGCGGUGGCCCUUGAGAACGACGCGGUCCUCGAGGAGCAGACGCCCAAGGACGUCGAGUUCCCGUCGUUUGACGCCGCCGCCGAGUACAACGCCCCGGGCAAGUAUCUCCAGGCCGCCGUCGUGCGCACCAUUAUGGUUGCCCUCGCGGUCGUCGUCGCGAUUGCGUGGAAGGACAAGUUUGGCGACCUCCUCGACUUUGUCGGCGCGUCGUCGACGGCGACGUCGUGCAUGAUCCUUCCGCUUGUCUUCUACCUCAAGACCUUUUGGCGCAGCAUCGGCUCGGUCGAGCGCGCGGCCGCUCUCUUUUGCACGAUCGUGUCCAUCUUCUUUGCCAUUUACGUCUCGAUCGCGACGGGCAAGACGCUCUUUGGCACCUCGUCGGCGCCCAGCGUCAACUUUCCGUUCUGCCACGCCGAGUUUCAAGACGUCGUGUACACGAACCGCGCGCACUACAACUACACGUCCAAGUAG